GUUGCUUGGAGUCGUUCAACUUUUGUGUAAAAUGGCGGUUUACUCAAAACAUUUGGUUGUUGUUAUUAAAAUUAAUUUAAAUUGAGUAUUUAUUUUACACCAAAACAAGAAAAUAACGAUCAAGAUCUAUUAGAACAUGUUGUGACUUAAUUAUAUUCAAAAAUAAAUUUGAUAUGCCGUUUAUAAGAUGAGUUUAAAGAUGAAUACUCUGACAUCUGCAGAAAAUAAAUUUGGACGUUUGCGGAAGAAACUUGAUCAAAUGGGUUAUCUUCAGCCUUUGGGAUUAGAAUCGGCUCUGCUUGUGGAAAGGAUUUUAACAGAUUUAUUACAUGCUACAGAAGGAUUACAUAAUUAUAAAGAACAGAAAAAUAUAUUGGAAGAGGAAAAGAAAACAUUUGAAAAGCAACUUGAACCCUUCCAAGCAGAAAAUGCAAAAUUAGUGAAAAAAAAUAAUGAACUUAAUAUUCAUAUACUUCAUCAAAAUGAAAAAUUUGAAGAGACAGUAAAAGUUUUAGAUAUCAAGAAACAAGCACAGUUUAGACGUCAGAAAAUGGAAAUAGAUACUCUUCUUCCUCCUGCUGUGCCAUCUGAAAUAUUAAAUAAUGUUUAUGAACAGACCCAAGAUAUAUACAUCAUUGAUAUGUUAAAAUUAGCUGACAAUCGCAUAAUUCAAUUAGAAGAAGAUAACAAAAAAAUUCUAAAUACAUUGGAAGAAGCUGAGGAAGCUUUAAUUGAUCUUCAGAAACAAAUAGGAUCAAGAAAUAAGGAAAUAAUUCGUUUAAAGCAAAUGCUUGAUGGUGGUCGUCCCAUUGAUGCUAUUGUUUCUGAAGCCAAACAUAUUGCAAAUGAUAAUUUAGUCACUAGUCUGCAUAUGCAGAUAGAAUGUUUACAAAAACAAAAUUCUGAACUGGAAAGCAAGUUAGCGAAAUAUGAAGAAUCUGCUAAGCUUCAUUUUUCCAAUAACAAUUCAAAUAACAAGCUAAAACUUCAACCAAAAAAAGUAAUUCAGAAACAAAAAUCGUGUGGAUUAAGUUCAAAAUAUGAUGAAAUAAUAAAAAAAUAUAAUGAAUUGGAAAAAGAAAAUCAAAAUCUAAUUAUGCUUUUGAAAAGUAAGGAUUCAGAACAAAUAAAUUUAGAAAAACUGAUUAAAGAAUUAGAACAAGAAAAAGAAGAGCUCCAGAAAAAACUAAAUUUUAUGUCUUUGAACGAAAAAGAUUUAGUUUUGGAAAUUGAUCGACUCAGUCACAAAAAUGUGGAUGAUGUCUGUCAGAGAUAUUCUUCAGAUCACUUGUUGCAGUUAAUCUCUAUCUUAGAAGCUCAGAGGGAUCAUUACAAAGAAGAAGUUGUUGCUUUACAAAAUAUUCAACAAUAUAAAAAUAAUAAUGCAGAAAUAUCAAAAACUACAGUGAAAAAGAAUAAAAAAUCUUCAGAUAAAAAUGAAAAACAAACAAAAUCAGAAGAUAAUCUUUUAAAAUUAGUAGAAGAAGAAAGAAAUUACUAUAAACAACAAUAUUUAAACUUAGAAGAAAAUAUAAAGAAACAAUCAAAUCCUCUUUCUAAUGUUGAACAGAUUGAUAAAGAAGUCUCUGCAAUUGACAAUGAGUUAUACAGAUUACGAGAAGAAGUUAUUGAAUUACAGACUAUAAAGUUAGAAAGGGAUCAGUUGAAAAACAAAAUUAAAGAAUUAGAACAAGAAAAAGAAGAGCUCCAGAAAAAACUAAAUUUUAUGUCUUUGAACGAAAAAGAUUUAGUUUUGGAAAUUGAUCGACUCAGUCACAAAAAUGUGGAUGAUGUCUGUCAGAGAUAUUCUUCAGAUCACUUGUUGCAGUUAAUCUCUAUCUUAGAAGCUCAGAGGGAUCAUUACAAAGAAGAAGUUGUUGCUUUACAAAAUAUUCAACAAUAUAAAAAUAAUAAUGCAGAAAUAUCAAAAACUACAGUGAAAAAGAAUAAAAAAUCUUCAGAUAAAAAUGAAAAACAAACAAAAUCAGAAGAUAAUCUUUUAAAAUUAGUAGAAGAAGAAAGAAAUUACUAUAAACAACAAUAUUUAAACUUAGAAGAAAAUAUAAAGAAACAAUCAAAUCCUCUUUCUAAUGUUGAACAGAUUGAUAAAUGGACAUCUAUUACCGCAGUCGCAUUACCUCAAUUACUUCAUAUCUUCAAGUUAUUAGCUGAUGAAGGAGAAGUUUCAAAAACAAAUAUACAUUCCCAACUCCUCCUGAAAGAAAAAGAACUUCAUUCAGCUAAAGAAAAAAUUUCCUCUUUACACACAAAUUUAGAUAAUCUAAAUGAAAUGAUAGAACAGUAUAAUGUAGAUGUCAGCAAAUAUCAAACAGAAAUUGAAAAUUUGAGUAAAGAAAAAAGUCAGUUUCAGCAAUUAGCAGAACAAAAAAGUCAGCAUUUAUUAUCUGUUCAGCAUGAAGUACUGGAUAAAGAAGAACAAAUGAGUCAACUUAGAAUAACAAUUAAUACACUGGAAUCACAAUUAGAUAAACUUCAGUCAGAAAUUCAAGAUAAGGAAAAAUUAUUACAAUCUAUAAAACAGCAAUUAGAAUCAAAUACAGAGCAAUUUGAAUCAUUUCAACAUUCUCAGAAUAUUGUACAAAAUGAAAAUAAGAAAUUGCUUGAAAAUAUUGGAGUUUUGACAAAAGAAAAUCAGAUUCUAAGUAAAGAAUUGGAAAAAGUACACAGUGAAAAAGAAACGUUGAAAAGACAAAUUCAAGAAUAUGUUACUGAAGUAACUCGUGUCGAGGAAUUACUUGCUCAUAAGGAACAACAAAGAAUGGAAUUGCUUGAACAAUAUAGGAGUUUAAAUGAAGAAAAUGUUCAAUUAGAAACUCAGACACAGCAUUUAGCUUCAAUAAAUUCAUCCACAGAACUAGAAGUAUUAGUGAAAGAAAAAGAAUUGAAAAUGUGCCAUGAUAGGAUUUCUGCCCUUGAAGAUGAAAUUGAAACACAUUUGAGUGCAGAACAAAAAUAUCGCACAGAAGUAAAUAUGUUGAAUUCAUCUGUACAUGAUUUAGAAUCAGAAUUACUACAUACUCAAACAAUGAUUAGACAGUUACAACAGGAUUUGGCAUCUACACGAUCUCUCUGUGUUCAAUUGGAUUCUACAAGAGAUCAAUUACAAAGACAAAAAGCUAACGAUGAAGCUGAAAAGGAACAGUUAUUAACUCAAAUUCAAAAACUUCAAGAAGAAACUAAAAUGUUGAGAUCUCAAAUUUCAAAUGAAAGAGCUUCUGUCUUAAAUUUAGAAGGUGUAUUAACAGUAUCACGAGAGAAAGAAUUUCGAAAUCAUUUAAGUGUUCAAGAACUUACAGCUGAAGUCAAACUAUUAAGAGAAAGAUUGAAAGAAAAUGAUGAAAGAUUAGAAAUGCAAAGUAAAGAAUUGGCUAGUUCUCGGACAAAAGUGGCAGAAUUAGAAAUGGCAUCAGAAAGAUUGAAAAGACAAGUCACAAAUGAAAAAUUUGAAAAAGAAAAAGCAAGUCAGGAAUUGAAAAGAUUACGGCAACAUCAUCAGUUUUUUGAUUCCAGUACAGGAUCUUCAGAUCCUCAUUCAUCUCCUCAAAGCUUACCUUCUAGUAGUCAUCAUAUUUUAUUUACACGUUUUGAUAAACAAGUUCAAACCUCACCUCUACGUGAUCAAACUUCAAUAGAAAAACAUACUGAUUUUGUGUAUACGUCCUUAACAGAAGUAUCUACAAACAAAGAGAAUUCUCAGAAGAAAACCAUUUUAAUUCAGAAUUCAGAUGAAGAAAAUAAUUAUAAUGUAGAAUCAAAGGAUAGUCAAAAAUAAGGAAUUUAAUUAUAAAACUGAUUAUUAAAAUUCUGUACAAAGUGGUUUUGUUAUGUAUUAAAACCGAUUUAUUUUAAAAUAAUAAUAAAUAUAUUUUCUUUUA